UUGCGAGCGGCGGCCGGGGCGCUGUGGAGAGCCUGCGGACGGUGGACCCCGCGCCUAGGACCGCGCCCCCUCUGCUCGUCCCCCAUGGCUGGGAACGGGAGGGCCCCCUCGCCCGGGGGGGCCCAGCGCCUGCAGGACCAGAAGGCCCGGAGCGGCUUGCCGGGCGCAGCGCGCUUCUGGGAGGAGGCUGAGCCUCAGGCCAAGAGGCUCCGGAGCAGCGAGGCCGAGGAGCGGCAGGGCAAGCUGCCCAAGCGCAAGAUCGUGCUGCUUAUGGCCUACUCAGGGAAGGGUUACCAUGGCAUGCAGAGGAACGUUGGGUCCUCGCAGUUCAAGACAAUCGAAGAUGACUUGGUGUCUGCCCUUGUCCGGUCUGGCUGCAUCCCUGAAAAUCAUGGUGAAGACAUGAGGAAGAUGUCCUUCCAGCGGUGCGCCCGCACAGACAAGGGCGUGUCUGCAGCUGGCCAGGUAGUGUCCCUGAAGGUGUGGAUGAUUGAUGACAUUUUAGAAAAGAUCAACAGCCACCUUCCGUCUCACAUUCGGAUUUUGGGACUGAAGAGGGUCACGGGUGGGUUUAACUCCAAGAACAAGUGUGAUGCGAGGACCUACUUCUACAUGCUGCCCACCUUUGCCUUUGCCCACAAGGACCGGGAUGUGCAGGACGAGACCUACCGCCUGAGUACUGAGACCCUGCAGCAGGUCAACAGGCUCCUGGCCUGCUACAAGGGCACCCACAACUUCCACAACUUCACCUCACAGAAGGGGCCGUGGGAGCCCAGCGCCAGGCGAUACAUCCUGGAGAUGUACUGCGAGGAGCCCUUUGUGCGAGAGGGCCUGGAGUUUGCUGUGAUCAAGGUGAAGGGCCAAAGCUUCAUGAUGCACCAGAUAAGGAAGAUGGUGGGCUUGGUGGUGGCCAUAGUCAAGGGCUACGCCCCUGAGAGUGUGCUGGAGCGCAGCUGGGGGGAGGAGAAGGUGGACAUACCCAAGGCACCAGGGCUUGGCCUCGUCCUGGAGAGAGUGCACUUCGAGAAGUAUAACCAGCGCUUUGGCAAUGAUGGGCUGCACGAGCCACUGGACUGGGCACAGGAGGAGGGGAAGGUGGCGGCCUUCAAGGAGCAGUAUAUCUACCCCACCAUCAUCAGCACCGAACGGGACGAGCGGUCCAUGGCCCAGUGGCUGAGCACCCUGCCUGUCCAUGACUUCAGCGCCACUGCCCUCGUGGCAGCCGGCAUAGGAGCCAAGGUUCCCAGUCCCUCAGAAGGUAGAGAAGGGGAUGGAGACACUGACUAAGGCUGGAGCAUCAAGGAGGUGGCCCUCGGCAUGGGCAGAGGAGCUGCCACUGCUUUGGGUGGUGAGAGGCUGGGGUCGCUGCUCACCAUGGCAGGAGUGCUGGGAGCUCUGGGCCCGCCUGCCAGCUGUGGCCAGUCUCUGUAACCUGAGGGUCUCAAGAUCUUGUGUCAUUUUGAAUUUUCAUCCCAGGAAUCACCUGCCUCAAAUCUAUUUUCAGCUCAUGUACGUAUGUGCACCUUGGCAUGUAAAGAAUAUUUUUUUAAAGAAGUAAUUUUCCUAUUAAAUAAGUAUAAAUUUUGCUUAGUGAA